GUUGUUGUGUUGUGCGUGAUGUGCAUUGGCUUGUUUAUUUGCUAAUGGUGUCACCCACUUACUUGUGACCAAAAGGGUAUGCAGACGCAAGUGAAGUGGAAGUAGAAGUUACUCAUCAUUCUGUGUUCAAAACCAAUAAAAUGGAUUCCUAAAAGUUAAAAAACUGACUGCAUUCGAUCAAAGCCGGAGCGCCCGUACCACAGACCGCCACCAUGAGUCUGGGCCCGAGUCUGAUCGUGCCGGUGACGCUAUGGGGCCGGCACCCGCCCACCCACCGGAUCUCGAGCCUGUACCUGACGCCCGACCAGCGCACCCUGGUCACCGGCUGCACGGACGGACAGAUUGUCACGUGGACCGUCCAGCCCGGCACGCUGGAGAUAAAUCCGUACAUGAUGCUGGUAGGCCACACCGCGCGGGUGGUCUGCCUGAGCGACGGUCUGCUGCACACCAACCACAAAUACCUGGUCUCGGCAGCUGUCAACGGGGAGAUGUGCGUCUGGGACCUCCAGGAAGGCCAAUGCAUCGAAACGGUCAAAAUGUCUUUCAUUCAUCGUCAGAUCUCGGCGUACCAGCCGGCACACGCGUCUGACGUGCUGCUCUACUGCUGCGGCGAGUACGCUGACAUCGCCGUGGUGCACCCGCUCACACUGGAGGUGGUCUACUGGCUCUCCUCCAAGGUCAACUCCAACUGGGUCACAUCGCUACACAUAUUCCGGCCGAGGGCGGUCACAGACGAUAUCGUCAUGGCCAUCAACACAGACAGCGUGGUGAAGAUCUGGACGCUGCCGGGAUUCGACGAGGUCCAGUCGCCUGCCGACAUCAUUUACGAGAACGAGAGCAAGCGGAUCCGGUGUUCGAGCGUUCACUUCCUCAAGUGCUGUUCGUUCAACCCGCGGACUGUGCUAGUCGUGUCGUCAGCAUUGUGGCAGAUAUACGACGCGUCCGACUUCUCCCUGCUCUGCACCUCGUCGGAGGAGGAUUGUGAGUCGUGGACGCGGGGCGAGUUCCUGGCCGCCGACCGAGUCAUAGUGUGGGCCGACUCCGGGCACGCCUAUAUCUACAAACUACCCCCAAACUGCAUACCGAGCCACGACCAGUUCCACUCACGGGAAGCGGACGAGCCGUUCCUCUACUGUAUUCUCUCGUCACCGGACCGGCAGGAGCUGUUUUGUCCGCCGGUGAGCAUCCACACAGAGCUGGUGGGCGAGCCCGGUCAGCAGGUGCUGGUGCGGGGCGACUGUCUGGGCCAGGUGGCGCUCUGGAGGCUGCCGCAGCUCACCAACACGCAUAUACAGCAGCUGAUGGAGCAGCACGGGGAGUACCAGUCGCCGGCAGAGCUGCCGCCCACCGUUCUAUGGAGCAUCGAGCGCGCCUGGCGGACCAUGAAACCGCAGCCGGUCGGAAUACUGGACCAACUGGAGUCUGCUGAGGGCGGCGCGCCGCGUCUCACCUCCAGCAUCUACCUGCCGCUGCAGGAGGGCCGCCUGGUCUGCGGCAGGGAGGACGGCACCAUCAUCAUCGUGUCGGCCACUCACACCGUCAUGCUGCAUCUGCUGCACGGCAAACACCAGAGCUACGACAACUGGCCGGUGCACCAGAUCCUGUCUGGCCACCGCGGCCCGGUCACCGCUCUUCUGUUCCCCCACCUGAGCCACUCGCGGUACCAGAUCUCCCACCUGGUCUCGGGCGGAGAGGACUUCUCCGUGUGUCUGUGGGACCUGAUAAAUGGCGCCCUGCUGCACCGGUUCGUCGUCCAGGCGGGUAUCGUGCUGCAGCUGCACGUGCCGCCGGAGAGCGUCUCGCCGCGAAUGCAGCAGUGCAUCUGCAGUGUGGCGGCCGACUACUCGGUGGCCCUCCUCUCGCUCAAGGAGCGCAAGUGUCUGAUGCUGGCCUCGCGGCACCUGUUUCCCGUCACCACGGUCAAGUGGCGGCCGCUGGACGAUUUCCUCGUGGUGGCUACAGAAGAUGGCAGUGUCUCCGUCUGGCAGAUGGAAACAGGCCACCUGGACCGGGUGGUGCACGGUACCACCGCCCAGGAGGUGCUGUCCGCUUGCGACGAGCACAUGACCGUCUCCACCAGCGAGGGCGGCAUGGCCAAUCCGGCGGUGCACUUUUUCCGCGGCCUCCGGCACAGAAACCUGUCGGCCAUCCGGCACGCAGCCAAGCGCGGGUUGCAGCAGCUGCAGAACUCGCUCGGUAACCAGGGUCAGAACGGACCGGACAAGCCGCGCGCCUACUCCCUGAUGGUGCAGGGCCUGCGCACCAGCCCCUCCGAUCCGGACGCGCACGUGCUGUUCUUCGACAUAGAGUCACUGAUCGUGGACCUUCUGACAGAGGCGUACAGUCAGAUGACCACCGAACAGCUGGAGGAGCACGGCCUCAUUCAGCUGUCCGAGUACCAGCGCGUGCUGCAGCUGACGCAGUCCGAGUCGCCAGACGCACAGCAGAAGAUCACAGAGUUCUUCGGCCGCGUCAAAAACAAGGCUGGGGACAUGGAGAAGCGUCUGAAGGACAAGGACACGCGCGGCUAUCUGUCUCGGAUGAAGGAGCUGAAGGAGCAGAGUGAGGCCAUCCGCGACCAGCUGAAGGAGCGCGCCGAGGGCAGCGAGGACCUGCGGAAACUCAAGUCACGAGCUCAGGUGGCACGUACCAAGCUAGAGGAGAAAAUCAAACACGAAAUGGAGGACAACCCGGACGCGGCGGGCAUUCUGGCGCGGGUGAAGGAGGGAGCCGAGACCAUGGGCGGCAUUAUCCACGCUAAGGCCGGCGGUGUGACGCCUAAAGGAGCCGGAGAAGAGCACAAAGAGUAG